AUGCCACCUAAAAGGAGGAAACUUUUGGGACGACGCACGGCAGCUGCCUCCGCUGCUAGAGCAGCGAGGGCGAGUGAAACCCCUGAACAGACUUCUUUGCGUCUUUCACGGGUGGCCUCGAGCUCAGCUGCUCGCUUAUCUACGGAGAGCGCCGCUGCGCGGACUGAAAGGUUGGCUUUAGCGGCUUCAACCAUGUCUGCACGCCGCGCCAGGCGCUCAGUUGAAGAACGUUCACUUCAGAAUUCAUACGACGCAAUCCGCGUGGUUAGGAAUACUAGGGCUACAGCCGCCUCUAGAGUUUCGGAACAACCCCAAGAAACCGCUCAUCGUCGCGUUAGAAAUGCCCUAUCCACCGCGUCUGCCAGAGCCUUAGAAAGCCCUGCACAGACCACUGUUCGUCGCGUUAGAAAUUCCCACUCCACUGCAUCUGCUAGAGCCCUAGAAAGCCCUGCACAAACCACUGUUCGUCGCGUUAGAAAUGCCCGCUCUACUGCGUCUGCCAGAGCCCUAGAAAGCCCUGCACAAACCACUGUUCGUCGCGUUAGAAAUGCCCGCUCUACUGCGUCUGCCAGAGCCCUAGAAAGCCCUGCACAAACCACUGUUCGUCGUGUUAGAAAUGCCCAUUCUACUGCGUCUGCCAGGGCUGCAGAAAACUCUGAAGUACGCCGUCAACGGGGAGACGUACAAAUAGGAGCCAUGGAUAAAGUUUGCACUUUUUGCAACGCAAAAAAGUGGGCCGGUGAGCAACCUGGGCUUUGUUGCUUUGGGGGCAAAAUCAAACACCCUUCUUUAGACGAACCUCCCCAGCCGCUUAGGGACCUCCUUCUGGGUACAACUUUUUUUGAAACAAUAUGGAAGUACAACUGUUGCUUCCAGAUGACGCCUUUUGGUGCGAAGGCUAUUAGUGAGGGGGGAUUGAUGCCUACUUUCAAAGUGCAAGGCCAGGUUUACCACUUAAUGGGAUCACUUUUGGCUGACCAGGGAGAGCCACCUCAGUUCCUACAAAUUUACUUUCUCGCUGACUACAACGAGCAGGUUGAUGCGCGUCUCAGCAUUCUGCCUAGCGAUAUUUCCGUCGGUCCCCGUAGAGACAUUCUCGUUGUCAUCGAUGCAGACAGAUGGCCUCACGGUGAGUCUGAGCGUCGCUUCAAUGCUCCUGCAUGUAAUGAAGUCGCCGCAGUCAUCCAUGGUGAGGAUCAUAACAGCCGUGACAUUGUCAUAAGGUACCGGGGCGUUGGUCUGCACCGCAUCAGUGAAACCCACCGUUCAUACGACUGUCUCCAGUACCUCCUUCUUUUUCCAUACGGAAGCGAUGGGUACCACUUCAAAAUCCCAAUAUACCAGGCAAGCAGCGAUUCCAUGUCGACCUCAAAGACGGUCUCCUGUAGGGCUUACUACGCCUACAUGUUUAUGGUUAGGGAGGGUGAAUUUAACCACUUGCACAGGUGCCGUCAACUAUUUCUUCAAUUCGCUGUUGACAUGGCUCCAAAAAUGGAGUCGGAGAGGUUAGGAUUCAUCAAGUUAAACCAAUCCAAACUUAGAACUGACUCCUACAUUCACCUUCGUGAUGGUCUGUGUUCUGAUGGUGACCCACGCAAUCUUGGCAAACCUUGCAUUUUGCCUUCCUCGAUACAUGCAUGA